CAAACUAUUUUUAUUCACUUUUAGGCCAGUUAAACGUUUCAAUUUGGUUGAUAGGGCCGGUGUGUGUAGCUUUGAUUGGAAAUUCAUUGAGGGUUUUCUCGUUUACAAGCGAAUUUUGCUCAAAUUUAUGGUGGCAGCACAGCUUCGCCAUUUUGAUGUAGUCGUUUAGGCGUAUACGUUCAGCGUGUUCAAAUCGCAUUCAUUUAGUUAAGUUGAAUAUUUUAGUAGAUAUUUUGGGUUGUUAAAAGGGCGUAGUUUUUUUUCGCAAAAUUUUAGACUCAUCCACUAUCUUAUCAGUGCGAAUUGUAAUACGGACCUUGAUGGAAAUAAUGUGCAGUGGAAGCUUUAACCUACUUAAGUUUAAGACAAAUUUAUAAAAUUUCGUUAAUUCCCGUGUAUAUAGAAGAAAAAUUUUUUCGGAGGAGAUGUGGCUAUAAACAUCUGGAGCUCACUGGAAGGAAAUCUCGGCAGACCGAUGUGGUAGGCGGGGUGAGGGGGGUGCACCCCCCUUUAGACCUGGCGCCGCCACCACGGGUCACCACGGCGACCGACACAGAUGUCCUGACAGCGGGCCCAGGGCCUCCAGAAUGCCUGCGGACGAAGACUAUGGACGAAGACAUAGUAUACUUCAACAUUCCGCUUCUCCGGCUCCUGCUGUAUCUGGUGAUCGCUUCCAAACUGCUCCAACUGCAGAGCGUUUUCAACAGGAGCGGCCUGCAAUCCAAAAUGAGCAAGCGGUGCAGUCAGUUGAUAGGCUGGAGCCUCCGGAACGUUUUCAGUCUGUUGCGGAGCGUUUCACAAACGAAAGGAGUAGUUCGGAUAGGCUGCCGUCGGGCGAACGAUAUCAAGGUGUAUCUGAACGUUAUCCACUUGGUGAAUGCAUGCAAACCACCGUUUCGACCGAACGCAUUACGCAACCGGCGAAUCAUUGUCAUGCCGUCGCGGAACGUUCUAACUUUCAACCCGAUAGGUACCAACAGACGGAUAGGAACCAGAAAUAUCCAGAUAGAUUUACACCAAUUCAAAAUAUUGGAUCUUUGGAUCGUUAUCACAAUCACGGCGCACAUACUGAUAGGUAUUCUAGAACUAAUACACCGACAGACCGGUACCACACUUUAUAUACUGAUAAGGAAAGAUGCAGUAGUAGCGCGGAUAGGUACACUCCGGUUGAAAAAUAUGCAAGUAACGACUCGUAUAGCACCACAGAUAGGCAUUCGUCCCAAAAUAUUAACACCUUGGGCAGACAUACGCCUACCGAUCGUCAUAGAAGGGUUCAAAACGAACGAGAUCAGUAUUUUUCUAACUCAGUUGCUCAAAACGUUACAUCUGAAGCGUACAAGCGAAGAGAACGGUCGAGAUCAUCUGAACGAAAAUCUUCCGAAACCUUCCAAGCGCACACCGAAAACUUUAGGUACGGUCACGACGCAACCGAAAGAUACUCGUCAGAGAGAUUCCCUCCCAUCCCUUGCCCAGAACGCUUCGCCACCCAGGAGAGAACAGAACGACCAGAACGCAUCACUUUCACCCAAGUACCUUACAUGGCCCCUCCCUCUCCGGCUCCAGCCAGCGACAGAUUUAUUCCUCCUCCUCCUCUGUCUCCGACGAAUACACCUAGCCCCGACUGUUACGCUUCAAACACAUUUCCUUCGCCCACAAAUCCCGUACCCGCACCUGAACGCUUCGUGCCACCUCCUCCACUAUCACCCUCUCCAACCGAAACCUUCUCACCAAAGAAGCAGCGCUACGCCGAAAGAUUCGCGAACUCAUCAGGCACAACGGAUAGGUACUCCCAAUACCAACAGGAUAGGUACAAGGAAAGGAACCAGUACUACAGUACGAACGAACGGUAUCCGGCCCCCCACCAAACGCUACACGCGCACAAUGAUCGCUUUGUAAAUAUCCAAGAUAGAUUCAAUGCCGGCGAACGCACCGCCGCCCCUCCAAACCCCCACACGCCCGUCGAAAGAUACACCCCGCAACAGCAGGAACCCUACUACCCGUACGAUAGAUACCCAAAGUACAACGCGUCGAACGUCGUCAACUCGAGCGACCCGUACAUGCGUCGCGAUUUGGCUUACCAACAGCAAUUCCGAGUUGCCAUACCCUUUCAGCAGAAUCCCUACCAGCGGAUCCGUUACAUGGGAACGCCGAGCCGGACGAAAUGCUGCCAGUACCAGGAUUGCUAUCAGUUGUGCAAGUCUAGCCCUUGCUCCAGUUCGAGUAGCUCCGUUACCAGCCAGGGCAAGGAGAUGCAAAAGGAGUUAAUUAGUAACAGUAGUAGUAAUAUACAGGAUGUACAGUGCCAAAAUCUUAACGGAUACCAACAAGAGAAAGCUAUACAGUGCAAUAAUUUUCCGAACAAGGACGUACAGUGUGCCGGAUAUCUUAUAACGACGCGCGCGGAUAAGAAGGACGCCUCGUGUACUGGAUACGUAUCGCCGAAUUUACGAACGGGUAAAAUACAGUGCCGACAUGGUGUGUGUUCGAGUCCGAGCGUCGAGUACGUUGGACAGUCGGGCGGUAGACAUGUUUGCGCGACGCCUCCGCCGAGGGGUAGUAUCGGAUCGGUUGACGGAUCUGUGUGUAGUGAUCAGUGUUGCGUCAGAAGAUCACAAAAUACUCUGGCCGUUACCGUUUGGUAA